AACUAAAUAUUUCUCCAAAUUCAGCAUACGUGCUUGAGUGGAAAAAAGAUCACCAUUUUCCCACCUUCAACCACAAGCAAAAAUUAUCCACAUCCGGCCACCAAUUACUACCAAUUCCUUUGACCUUCCAUCUUCGAGGACCCCAUAUAAUAAGCCACCCCAAAACACACACCUUUUCUGUACCCAAGUUUUGUGCAACUUUACUUCCUCCAAAAACUCACCAUUUUGUAUUCCCCUUCACCCCCAUCGAGACGUGGAGAAACCACAUGGGGGGUGGUGGGAUCAGUAUUUAUGCACAUUGUCUCAUCAUCAUUCUGUUUGGAAUUGGUUUUUCUUCUGUUUCUCUCGUGGUCAUGGCUGCUGCUGCUGCUGCUGCCUCCUCAGCCCCUAUAGAUACAUCCACUGCCAUCCUGAUUUGGGUUGAUCCAUCCGGAAAUGGAGAUUUCAAGAAGAUACAGGAUGCCAUAGAUGCUGUUCCUUCUAAUAAUUCUGAAUUCGUUGUCAUUAAAAUUAAGCCUGGAACAUACAGAGAAAAGAUUGUUGUGCCUGCCAAUAAACCAUAUGUAACAUUGAGUGGCACUAAGGCCUCUGAGACCAUCAUAGCAUGGAGUGAUGGAGGGGACAUUUUUGACUCUCCAACUCUCACUGUUUUUGCUUCUGAUUUUGUGGGACAAUUUCUCACAAUUCAGAAUUCAUUUGGGACAACAGGGAGGGCAGUUGCACUAAGGGUAUCUGGAGACAGAGCUGCAUUCUACGGAUGCAGAAUUCUUUCCUACCAAGACAGUCUCCUGGAUGAUACUGGAAAUCAUUAUUACAGAAACUGCUACAUUGAAGGAGCAACAGAUUUCAUAUGUGGGAAUGCUGCCUCCCUCUAUGAAAGUUGCCAUUUGCAUUCACUUUCAACACUAAAUGGAGCUAUCACUGCCCAACACCGGGGUUCUCCAUCAGAGAACACUGGCUUCACUUUCUCGGCUUGCAACAUAACCGGAGUUGGACAUGCCUUCCUUGGCAGGCCAUGGGGUGCUUAUUCCAGGGUGAUUUUUGCCCAGACUUACAUGUCCAGUGUGAUAGUACCACAAGGCUGGGAUGACUGGCAAGACCCAAAAAGACAAAGUACUGUAUAUUAUGGUGAAUACAAAUGCUAUGGUCCUGGGGCUGAUACAUCAAAAAGGGUUCAAUGGUCACAGAGUCUGUCAGAAGAUGAGGCUGCACCAUUCUUGACCAAGCACAUGAUUGGUGGGACAACUUGGCUCAGACCUGCACCAACCCAUUUCAAAAGGUUCACGGGUUCCGUUACCAGUCUGAUGAAGGCUGAUGAAAAUGACUAGAAUUGGAUUAACUGGUUCAGAGUUUCAGCAGUUCAUUCUUGUUAUAAUGCUCAAUUCAUUUAUACACAUUAAUUGAUUUUGA